UUGGAAAGAAAAUGAGCAAAGGAAAGAGUAAUAAAAAUACCACAAGUUGUAAACACAAAAUGUUUUAGUUGAUUGAGGGAAAUAUAUUUCUAUAUAUAAGAAAACUAAAAUGAAAAGCGAUAUAGUCAAAAUAGUUUUUUUUGUCAUGCAUACAAGUAUUAAGCUAUAUAGGUGAUAAAAUGAUUCCGUGUAAUAUCGUGAAAUAUACAUAUAUAUAAUACUUCACGCGACUAGCAAUAUAGAAGUAUAUAUAUGGAAAUAUAGAACAGAAUUAUAAGGUGUAUUAAAAUAAUUGCAAUUGAUAGAUAGAUAAUAUAUAUGUAUGAAAAAUGACCACUAUGUGGCAUCAACAAGUAUUUGCACUUGAUGCAAAGUACAACACAUUGCGAGCUAACAAAUUGUCUAGUCUGGGUAUGUUAUACAUUCGUCGAAGAAACCAGUUACUUCGGGAAAAACAUUCCAGAGAUCCAGAAAUUGAUGCACAGUACUUAAAACUGCGAUCCGAAUUGCUAUCUUGGCGUUACGGAGAAAGGCAAGAACAAAGCAGUAUGGGAAGUCACACAAUCAGCGAAGAAUUAGAUAACAGAACGAAACAUCAUUUUAUACAAAGAAAAUCAACAGCAGAGAAUUUUGCGUUUGCCGGUGUCCAUCAUGUUUUUGAUCAACAUAAUGCAGCUGUAACAAUGCUGAAAUUUGCCAAUGAUGACAGAUCUAAAUUGUGUUGCGCAUCAUUAGAUGGCACAUUGUCUAUAUGUGAAGUCAUUAGUACUCCUCCAAAAGUGGUUGCUCUGUUGGAAGGUCAUCGUAAUGGCGUGACCGCAUUCGAUUGGAGUAUCAGCAAUGAUCUGAUAGUUUCUUCUUCUUUGGAUGCAACAAUAAGGCUCUGGAAAAUAUCUGCGGAUGUAGAACCAGUUUGUUUAAGAGUAGUAAACGACCAACAACGGGCAGAAGUUUUAUGCUGUAAUUUCAUACCUGCAAACAACAAUUUAAUAAUAGCUGGCAAUUCUCAGGGAUUGAUUCAGAUCUUAAAUGUAUCUACUGGUAUAUACACACGUAGUGGAUUCUGCAAGAUUGGUGGAAAGGUUCUUUCCAUUGCAUGCGAGGGCAGCGGUGGCUCAGUGAUCUGGGCUGGCAAUGACAGAGGUGUUAUAAUGUCUUUUCGAGUAGAACCUGGAAUAGGACGACUAACAAAGCUGCAGAGAUUACAGGAAACUGGUGGAAUGAUAACCAGUCUUACUUGGCGCUCAUGGUUAUCCAAGGAUGCUCCUUGGCCAGCAUUGUUAGUGAGCAGUGCGUGCAAUGCUGUGCUAUUGUAUCGUGUUACAGACAGUCACGGAUCUUUACGCUCCUGGAGAAAAUAUCCUAUCAAACAUAGAUAUUAUACAUUAAAAUCUACUUUCUGUCCUCAAAUGGGUGCAUGUUUAAUAGCCACCGGAUCGGAAGACGGAGCUGUUCAUCUGUUAGAUUCUACAAGAGAGGGAAAGGCCUCAAGAAUCAACCGAUUACACGGUCAUGCAACCCCAACGUUAGCUCUGUCUUUUAAUUAUGAUGAAUCUUUACUCGCAUCCGCAGAUCACGACGGACUAAUUAUUUUAUGGCGUAAUCAUCAGCGCAAUUUAUAAAAUAUGUAAGAACAAACACGAUGUACAAAUGAGUGAUUAUUUAAAACAUAAAACUACGAGAUUUUAAUAUUUUUAUACAUAUAUGUCAUAGUAAAUGUACAGUAAAGUGCGCCACGUUCCACGCAAGAGAAAGUAAUUUAUUCUCCGACCGUCGUAUGUGCGCGUCGUUCUCGUUUGGUCUCUCUGCUAGCGAUUCAGCCACAUCAGCCACAGUGACAAGACGAAAUUCCGAGCGGAACACGAACGACCCUGAUUUGCGAACUACGUAUUUUUCGUACAAAUGAGUAAAGUUCUUUUUGUGUUUCAUCUGAUUUUUACAUAAUUUUGCUCAAUUAAUUUUAAAGUGCUUUAAAGUUACUUUAUUUAUUUUAAAGUAUUACCAUGAUAUUUUUAAUUAAAACGUUUGUUUUAUAAUAGUUUUAAAAUGGAGCAGCGCUCUUCCGACGAGCUAACUUAGACCGAGAGAACAGAUUGACUAUUUUAAUUAUGCUCUAAUGUUAUCAUUAUUUUAUAAAUAAAAAUGUUUAAAAUAAAAAAAUCUUAGUUUUUUCUUCAAAAACGCCAGCGUUUACGUUUUUUACGAACGUAAAAAACGCAUUUUUCACAUUGAAAAAUUAAGGAUUUAAAUUUAAUAAAAAAAAUAAAUGCAAUAGCGUAAUUUUUUAAUGAAAGCUGCAAAUUUUGUCUUCAAUUUAAGCAUUUUUUCAAUUCGGUCAAUUAAACGAAACACUACAAUCCACUCGAGUGAAACUUCGUUUAUAUUAAAUCAUUAUUUAAACAAAUUUAAUUUUUUCCAAAAUGUUUUGAUCGAUAUGUAAAGUAGAAGGUUUAAAAGAUACUACAUCAAUUUUUUCAGAAUAUUUCUAACUUUUAACAUAUAGAAAAAUGCAGUGAGACAUAAACGACCCUAGUUCGCAGAUAGAUUGCGCCAACAUGAAUCAUCAGCAUAGAUCUGGAGCCAUUGGUGGAAACCGAAAGAGAACGGCGGCGCCGUAAUAGAAGACGGUCGGAGAAAUAAACUACUUUCUCUUACGCGGAACAAUAUGGCGCACUUUACUUACUAAUUUGAUGAAGUAAAUGUAUUCACAAGCAGUGAAAUUUGAACUUUUACUAGAAAAUGUAUAUAAUUUUUCACACACUUGAUUUAAUAAAAGUAUGUACAAACGAAAAUGCAUUAAUUUAAAUGGACACUUGCCAGCUGAAAUAUGCAUAUUUAAUUUUAUAACUUAUAGAACACAAAUAAAAAUGCAUUUUAACUUCCGCGCAAUAUUUUCGACCACUUUGAUAUUUUCUAUAUAGUCCCAAGUUUUGUUAUUUUUGUUUAUAUAGGAACACACACACACACACGUACAAAAAGACGGGCAAUGCCCAUUUACUCGUAUUCUCCUAAAGUGCGUGUAUUCGCUUAAACAUACACUUCUCAAGAUUAUCGAAUAAACGCAAACAAGUAUAAUUAAGUUUUCAUUUUUCCUCAUAAUAUGUUAAUAAAUAUAUAAAUUAUAAUUAAUAAUAUAUUAAUAAUAUAUAUAUAAAAACCAUUAGACUUGUGAUAUAUUAUUGCUCUUUCUAAUAUAAUGUAGCGUAACAAAUGUAUGCAUUGUCUGGUAAAAAUACAUUUGCCAGGAAUAUCAUUUGUAGAUUUAAGUUAAAUUUUGUUAAAAAAAUUGUGUAAAUGCAUACUUGAUGUGUACACAUUUUACUAAAUUUCGUGUUUUUAUUGUAACACACGCACACGUUUAAAAUGAAGAAAUAAACUUUAAACGAAAUAUAUAUAGGCUUAGUAAAAGUCGAUUGUAGGAUGUUUGUGCGGAUAUAAGCAUGUAUAUAUGAAUAUAUAUAUAUACGU